AUGCUGUUCACCCCGGCAACCAACAGCAUCGCACCCGACAAUGCCCUGGAGAGGUUCUUUGCCAUUUGCGUGAUCCUGCUGGCCAUGUGCGUGUUCUCCUCCUUCAUUGGCACCAUCAGUGCGACGGUGAACUCGUUGCGCAACGCGCAGGGGCAGAAGCUGAAGCAGGAGGAAAACCUACUGCGUUUCUUCAUUGAGAGGAACCUUUCGCUGGAUCUCUACAGCAAAGUGCAGGAGGUGGUCCGCAGGGAGCGCCUCACAGAAGCGAGGCUCAGCGAGGAGGAGGUGGAGCUGUUGCAGAGAUUGCCGCAGCGCUUCAAGAUGCAGAUGCACGAGGAGAUGUACCUUUUUGCCUUGCUGCAUUUGGGCAUUUGGCCACCUUGGAGCAGUCCAGACACCGACCCUGUCUUCAACACCUUGUGCCACCAUGCCAUGAAGGACCAUUUGGCCAAGCCGGGAGAGGAUGUUUUCAUGCCGGGCACUGCCUGCCAUCAUGUUUGUAUCAUUGAAAGCGGCCACAUGAGCUACUCCCUAGCUGGUGCUCCGCCAGAAGAAGCAACCCCAGGCAGCGUCGUGGCCUUGCCGUGCUUGUGGGCGGAAUGGAGCCACUGCGGCCGCUUGAUGGCCCGAACUGGCAGCUGCUACUAUGUGACCCUCAACGGCGAUGACUUCUGUGAGGUGGUCAUGCGCUUUGGCGGCCCCUUGCUGCGUUUCUUGCAGAUAAUGGGCGUCCUGCUGAUCGGCGAGUUGGAAAGUGCUCAGGACCAAAGUCAGCUCUCAGACCUCACGUCGCUCUCCAACAUCCGAGAGGUGUCUGAAAGGGCGCAGCGCUUUACCAAGCUCAUUGGCACUACGCCAGACAAGUCGGUGCACGCAACCUUCAGCAUCCUCGCGAACAAGGCCCAAGGUGGCCUUUUCGGACGUCUCCAGACAAGGAACUUGUCUCCCUUUGGUUGA